AUGCCUCCAGAUGCGAACCAGAGCGAGAACAAGCCUUUGAACAAGGGGAAGUCGUUGAUGCCAGUUGUGCCGCCAUCCCUUGCGUCGUCGUCGAUGUCGUCGUCGUCUGUGUUUCCAGUCCAAGUCAAAUCCGAGCACAGCGUGAUGGAACUCCUCGCACUGGAGUUUUCAUCACUGCCGGACAGAGAAAUGGUGCCUGAGGGUUCGGACUCGGCAGCCGGACAGCAGCAGCUUACAGCGCCAGGGUCAUCUAGUCAGCCAAUUGCUACUUCAAACACCCCGACGAACAAUCUCAUCACUAAGACGAUCCGCGCGGCCAUGUCAGACAUCAACAAGCCAACGUGA